AUGCAGGCGACAAAAUACAGGGAUAUUUCCCUCAAGUGUGGAAUUUUUCUUUUGAAAUUAGUCGGCCUCUGGAUGUCCAUGAACAGCGUCGAGGAGCGUCGAAGGAGGUUCACGUUGUUCGGAUCAGUUUUCGCCCUUUCUUACGGCGUUUACGUGAACGUAAACGAUAUUCUUCACAGCUUCGAUGAUCUGAGCCAUUGCAUCUUUCUGACUUGCAACACACUGUGCAUUCUUCUGGCGAUAUUUAAGAUUUUCAUACUAAGCAAUCACAGAACGGAAUUCAAGGAGAUAGUCUUGUACGCGCAGAAGCAUUUUUGGCAUGAUAAUUACAGCAAAGAGGAGAGGGUGCUUUAUGGAGAUUGCCAGAGGUUCUGCAAACUAUGGGUCAUACUAAUAUGUUUCCUUACGCAAGCCUCUUUAGUGUUCUACUUUGUCACACCACUCACUGCAAAUAUGAGCCGGAACAAAUCGGACAGAGUACUUCCAUUCAAAAUGUGGGUCGAUUGGCCGCUAUCCGACACACCGUAUUACGAGUUGAUGUUCACUUUUCAGGCGCUGUGCGUGUAUCAAAUCGGCGCCGCCUAUAUCUGCUCCGACACGUUUUUCUGCAUGCUGAACAUGCACGUGAUCUGCCAGUUCCGUAUACUAAAUUACAGACUGUUGAACAUGUGGCCGGUCAUCGACGAGCGAACGAACAUGACCGAAUACACGAACAAAUGUUACACCAAGCUGAUAGAUUGCAUCAAAAAUCAUCAGUCGUUGAUCGAGUUCUGCGUGAAACUCGAGAACGUGUACACGUUGACUAUACUCGGCCACAUAGUGGUCUUCAGCUUGUUGAUGUGCUUCGACACGUACGAGGUAGUUCUGGCAAAGGUACCUACCACGACGCGCCUCAUAUUCUUAUUCCACAUGAUCGGUAGCUUCAUCCACAUAAUUUUCUUCACGUACAGUUGUGGUGGUUUGAUAGAAGAGAGUAUGGAUAUUGCAACAGCAACGUAUGCAGGAAUGUGGACGGUUUUGCCAAUGAAUAAAGUUGGCAAAAUGAUACGAGGAAAUAUGAAGUUAAUGACCGUAAGGUCGUUGCAACCGUGUUGCAUAACUGCUGGUGGAUUCUUUCCUGUCUCCUUGAAAACUGCUACCGCGCUAAUGAGUUCCACAAUGUCGUAUUUCACGCUCAUGAGAGAGAGAUCGGCUGAAUAA